UUUUCUUUUCUCUUUUUAAAAUUUUUUUCCUUUAAUUUUUUUCCACAACAUUUAUAUACAAUGGCUUCACUCUCAUAAACUCCUACCUUAGGGUUUUUCAUUUCCCUCUCUAUUAUUAAUUCCUUUCUAUUUCUUCAUUUCAUCUUCUCUCGUUAUUGGAUUUAACUAACAAUCUUUUGCGCGCCAAAACCAAAUUAUGAAUUCUCAAUCAACUCAUUCCAAAUUUGACUAAUGAUUCAUGAAUGGGUUCCUUUUAUGUUUAUGUAUUUGUUAUAGAUUGGAUGAUGAUGCUGAUCUUUUAAUGCUAAUUGCCUGGGUGACGCUCUCGGAUCUUUAGCGGGUCGAUUGCAAUCUUUUUAAAGAUGGAAUAUAUGGAAAGGGAAUUUAUUUAGGAAUCAGGAUUGGUCUUGUUUGCAGCUUUCUUGUAAUUAUGGUGAAAUUGAUGUUGCAUUGAUCUGUUCCAUGAGUAUUUGUACAAUAGUUUAAUCUUGCUGUAUUAGUUUUUGUUCAAAGAUUAGUUAUGCGAGCUGAAAAUCUGUUACUUCUUGAUUGAUCAUAUGUUUGUGCAUGUUUCUUUUAGUUUAGGUGAAGCUUUCUUGAUAUUAUUUGUAAAGUUGAUCAGGAUCCGAGCGCAUUAGUAUGUUCCAUGCAUAUUUGUACAAAAUAUGAUCAAGCUGGGAUUGGGUGGGAGCGAUGGAAGUAUCAUUAAUGGAUCCUUAUGGGACCAAUCCUGGACCAAUUGAGAGCUCGGUUCUUUAUGACCAAGAGAAGCAUGUGUCCUCUGCAGUUUGGGAUGGGCAGGAGCGUGGUGCACUUAGGUGUCAUGAACACACUUCCAAGCUUGAUCAGUGGACACUUACAGCCAAGCAAAUUGAACUAGUUGAGAGAGCCGGAUUCGGGUACUUGAGAUUGAUUCCUGCAAUUAGUCUGGAUAACCCGUUAAUCUCGGCUUUGGUUGAGAGGUGGAGAAGAGAAACAAAUACCUUUCACUUGAAUGUUGGAGAAUUGACUGUAACCCUGAAAGAUGUUGCUCUCUUGCUGGGACUUGCAAUUGAUGGAGACCCUGUUAUUGGUCUAACGUAUACAACCUGCCACUCUGUAUGUGAGAGGUAUCUAGGCAGAGCACCGGAUCCUGGCUAUACAAGUGGUGGAAUGGUUAAGCUUAGUUGGUUGAAAGAGUUCUUUUCUCGGUGCCAUGAAGAUGCUCCAAUGGAAAUUGUUGAACGGCAUACACGUGCUUACCUUCUUUACCUUGUAGGUAGUACUAUAUUUUCCACAACAACUGGGAAUAAAGUACCUGUCAUGUACCUUCCUUUGUUUGAGCAUUUUGAUCAAUGUGGGAAGUUUGCUUGGGGAGCAGCUGCUUUAUCAUUCUUGUACAGAGCUCUUGGGAAUGCUUCCUUAAGAUCACAAAGUACCAUCAGCGGUUGCUUAACCUUAUUGCAGUGUUGGAGUUAUUUUCACCUUAAUAUUGGGCGUCCAAAGCUAAAUCAUGAUCCAAUGCAUAAUCGCUUUCCAUUUGUGCUUAGAUGGAAGGGCAAACAAAGUGGUCCAACAGCAAAUCGUGAUGUAGUAUUUUACCGAAAGGCUUUGGAUUCCUUAAAACCUUGUGAUGUGGAGUGGCUACCUUAUAGAAAUAUGGAUAGUAUGCUAAUUCCAGAAAAUAUUAAAAGUUCUCUGAUCCUUGGGAGGGCAAAGACAAUGUUGAUAUGCUUCGAUAAGGCAGAGAGACAUCUCCCUAACCGUUGCUUAAGGCAGUAUGGUAUGCCUCAGGCAAUCCCAGAAGAUGUACCACGGUGGGAAAGAAAAAGCCGGGGUGUUGAUGGAGGAGUUGACCUAUCAGCAAAAAUGGAAGUUGAGCUUAAUGAAUGGAGAGACCGUGGACUCCAGAUUGUUGAUGGUGAUGAUAGUGUAGAUGAGAAUGAGUACAUGCAGUGGUACCUGAAAAUUACUCGUAGGUUUGUUGGGAGGCCUAUAUCUCUCUCAUCUGAGUUUCAGAGGACGAAUGCUGGUUUGAGGGAUAUUGCACACAUAGCAGAUACAUUCUCAACCAAAGGGUUGGAUCAGCAGCAAAUUGAUUUGAUUUCAAGGAUAAGAUACAUUGCACAUGAAUGUUUAAGAGACCAAGUUGGAGGUCCAAUUAUAUUGUCCUCCAUUCCCCAGAUUGAACUUGGUAAACGAAUUAGGGGAAAAGAGAGGGUCAGAAGGAAGGGUACAGGAAAACGUGUGAGGAAGGAGGACCAAUUGCAUUACAACGCAGUUAGUGAAGAUGAUCAAUCUCAUUUUUGUGAUUCUGCCCUUGAGGUUGAUCAAUUACAACUCCAUCACAUGAAUAGAGAGAUGGAACAUCCGGAGCUAUGUUCUGUUGACUCGGAGGUUGAUCAUUUACCGCUUAUUCAUGAAGUUGAUGGGGAUGAUAGUAUGCAGUUAUGUGAGGCCAACAUAGGGGUUGACCAUUCUGACAUGAUCCACAAUGCUGCUGGGGGAAAUAUGGAUGAGUUAACCCAUGCUGAUAUUAAGCUUGAUGAAGCUGAGCUAUGCGACGCACCUAAGGAUGUUGAUGACCUGCAUUUAUCUGAUACAAUCAAUGAAGUUACAAAUACUCAGAUUUGUGGUGCAAUGGAUGCUGGUGAUCCACCACAUUUCUCUACAUCUAAGGAAGCCAGUUAUCAUUCAACCGAGGAUGUUAAUAUGCCAAAGUUUCCAGACACAGCUAACAAUAUUGACAAUUCAGAGCUUUGCCAUGGCUCUAUUAAGAGCUCUCCUCAGACAGGCGAACUAUCUGCUGAAAUUGUUUCAGAGUCAUCGUUUGUUGUACCUCACGAGGAUAUGAUGCAGAAAGGAAAUAACAAUGUUUAUAUAAAACAGAGAUGAAUGUGCAGCCCAAGCUUAAAUUUUUUGAAGCUAUCUGAUGACUUCAGGAUGUAAAUUUUUUUACACUGCAUAUUGAUAGGUUAAAAUACUAUAUUCGCCCCAUUAAUCGUAUUUCUGCACAGUUGGAAGUGCUUGAAGCAAGUAGGAUAGCCCAAAAGGAAACAAAAUCGUUUUGCUACCACUGCUGACCAGAAAAAAAGUUAAAAGGGCCAAAGGGACCCAUAAAUCUGAUUGCCAAAGGACUCCCAGUCCCAGGGUCUGAUUUAUUUCUGGGUUGUCCUUUCACUCCAAGAAAUGCGGUAGUAAUGCUUGGCUAUCUGAAUCUUCUUGUUGAGACCAAAUUCAGCGUCAUUUUGGGCUUUCUUCAGCUCUAUUAAGCUAAAAGUUGUUUGUCGGUUCACUAUCUUAUUGUACAUGGUUUAUGAAAGGAUUUUCUCUUGGUUGGAUUGGGAACUUGGAGGCCAAAGAGACAAAAGUCACAAUUAACAACUUUUAUGGGUUAAAGUUCCAAUGUGUUAGAUGCUACCUAUUGUCAUAAAUACCCUUUGUAAUCGUGAAUCCAAGAGUGGCCUUCAAAGGGCAGUGAGGGAAGAAAUGACCAGAAAAAUAAAUGAAAACGAGGUGUCUUGCUUGAUUAUUGUGGCAAACUUCUUAAUGCUCUGUUUCUUGGAACUACAAUAAAAUUAUUCAUGUAUUUUACUUUAUU